AUGGCCUCUAAGUUUGUCGUCCUCGCUUUGUUGGUGGCUGCCGUGCAAGGCAGCGGUAUCCACGGUGCUGACUACACCAGCUUCUCCUACGGAGUAUCAGACCCACACACCGGUGAUGUCAAGAGCCAGCACGAGACCCGGCAUGGAGACAACGUUGUCGGCCAAUACUCUUUGCUUGAGUCUGACGGCACCCGGCGGACGGUAGACUACGCUGCUGACGCCCACAACGGUUUCAACGCUGUUGUACGCAAGGACCCAGCUCUUGUGGCUCACGCUCCAGCUGUCGUGGCCGCCCCAGUCGCUGCAUACGCUGCAUCUCCCGUUGCCUACGGAGCUCAUGCUCGCGUCGCAUACGCUGCUCCAGCUUACUCCGCAUACGCCGCUCCCGCUUACGCCGCGCACGCCGCUCCCCUUGCGUACAACGCGUACGCUGCUCCCGCCGUCGCCUACAACUCAUACGCUGCCGCCCCUCUUGCCCACGGAGCUAUCUCCUACGGAUCUUACGGCUACGGCUCCCAUGGACUCGGCCACGCCCGUCUUGCUUGAUCAGGCGGCCUUGCGUUUCCGGAUACAUCGAGCAUUAUCAUGUACAUGUGGUUGAAAAUAUCAAAAGACCACGCAUUACCACGCCCGCCAGCACUCCAUAUAAAAGCUCCCGGCUAG